AGAUGGGAGAUGGGAGAUGCAAUGCAGAUGUAAUCUCAAUAUAAUGUAGUCCAGUGUGUGUGUGUGUGUGUGUGUGUGUGUGUGUGUGUGUGUGUGUGUGUGUGUGUGUGUGUGUGUGUGUGUGUGUGCGCGGCCGGCCAGCAGGUGGCGGCAGCGUGCUUCAGUUGGAGCAAACAGAGGCGGAACGUUGGGAGCGGACGCUGUGUGCAGCCGGACAGAAUGACGGUGACACCGCGGACUGUGCACGCUAACCGGGGCUGGAAGUGACAGAUGAUAUUUACCUGUCCCGUACCUGAGAGGCUCCGCUGGGUUUGGUACUUUCGGAGCAUUUUUCAAAGCUAACAGAGUGAGACCAGGACCGGACGUCAGACCAGGACCUUCAGCCCGGGCCAGGUCGGCGGCGGGGCGGGUCCAAGGCUGGGUCCGGGCGGCUCCGGACACAGAGCCGUGGUGGGUCCAGGUGGGCCAGCAUGCUGGCAGAUUUCCAGCCCCCCCGGCGGCGGUGCCGGGUUCAGGAACAGUUUGAGGCUCCUCUUCCUCUGGACGGCGAACACUUCCGGGCCGUGCUGCUCGGCGGGCACGUGCUGGUGUGCACGCCCACACACAUCCAGCACAUCUACAGCAAGGGUUACUUUGGGAAAGGCGUCCUGUCCCGGGCCAGACCAGACCACAGCAUCUCCAACCAGUGGGAGGAGCACGGCGGCCUCUUUCUUCCUGUCAUCUCACACUCCAGGUACGAGGAGCUGCUCUCCUGGACCAGGUCCGCCCUCCUGGCUCAGGGAUUGGACGAGGAGGAGGUCAGUCAGGAGCUGCUGAGGCGGCGGCAGCCGGUGGAACUGGAGGAUCUGACUAAGGAGGUGGCGGGGGAAGAGAACGGACAUGGGGAGGGGUCAGGGGGCGGAGCCUGCUCCCAGAGGAAGAGGCAGAGGGCGGAGUCAGAGGUUGAGUCUGGGGCCAAGAGAGCCUGCAGGUUGGAUCCUCCAGAGGACCAGAGCCCCGCCCCCGAGUCUGACUGUGACCCGGAGGUGGACCCCGAGUCUGACUGUGACCUGGAGAUGGACCCUGAGUCUGACUGUGACCCCGCCUCCUCUGCUGACUCUGCUUUGGGAUUGGUCCUGGUGGAGCUGGAUGGAGAAGGUGGCCAGGGCGGGGGGAGGAGAGAGGUGAGACCGACCCCCUUCAGCCUGACAGAGAGCCUGCAGCUCAGCCUGGAGGAGGCGUUCUUCCUGGUUUACGCUCUGGGCUGUUUGUCUGUGUAUCAGGAUCAGGAGCCUCUGCCGGUGGUGUCGCUCUGGAGGAAGUUCUGCUCGCUGCAGCCCGGCUUCAGCAGCUCCUACGCCGCCUACCACCACUACCGCAGCAGGGGGUGGGUCCCCAAGACAGGGGGCGGGGCCAAGUAUGGAGCCGACCUGAUGCUCUACAGGAAGGGCCCUCCCUUCUACCACGCCAGUUACUCGGUGGUGGUGGAGCGCAUGGGCGAGGCGUUCAGGGGCUCGGCGCCGCGUCUGUUCACCUGGCGUUCCCUGGCGGCGCUCAGCCGUAUCACCUCCAACGUCUCCAAGGAGCUGAUGAUGUGUUAUGUCAUCUAUCCUGACGACCUAUCAGAAUCAGAGCUGGACUCUCCUCUCUGUCUGCACAGACUCACAGUUCAGGAGGUGAUCAUCAGCAGGUGGAUCUCCUCCAGAGAACGAGCCGAACAGGAUGACCUCUGAUUGGCUGACAGACUGGAUGACCUCUGAUUGGCUGACAGACUGGAUGACCGUCUGAUUGGCUGACAGACUGGAUGACGUCUGAUUGGCUGACAGACUGGAUGACGUCUGAUUGGCU